GGUUUGAAUUGUAUCUUGGCGCUGAUUGGCUGAGUCGUCUGUCAGUUAUUUUUCAGGGCGUUGCCACUCUCGGCAGCUGUCAGAUUCAGAAGCUACUCACCCAAACGACGAAAACACGGGCUUGCUCACCUAGCAAGUCAGAUGAAUGUCGUGUAUUGGAGAUGGUCUUUUAAGUAACAUUGAGUGCUGAUAUUCCCCAGUCCAUCACCAUGGAGACCGCCAACAACUAUGUGCUGAUCCAUGGGAAGAACAUAUCCCAUAAUACUCUUGCAGGCUCUGCUGCUGGGCCCCACAUGUCCAUCGACAAACUGUUUCCAGCUCUCCUUGAAUGCUUUGGCAUCAUAUUGUGUGGCUACAUAGCUGGCAGGGCUGAUAUCAUCACAGAGAGCCAGGCAAAGGGUUUGGGGAACUUUGUGUCUAAGUUUGCACUUCCAGCUCUGCUCUUUAAAAACAUGGUGCUGUUGGACUUUGGAGACGUCAUCUGGGCGUUUCUGUGGAGCGUUCUGGUCGCUAAGGUGACAGUGUUCGUGCUGGUAUGUGUGCUGACACUGAUGGUGGCCAGUCCAGAAAGCAGGUACAGCAAGGCUGGUCUGUAUGCCAUCUUUGCUACACAGAGCAAUGACUUUGCCUUGGGAUACCCCAUAGUUGAUGCUUUGUAUCGGAGCACAUAUCCAGAAUACCUCCAGUACAUCUACCUAGUUGCCCCAGUCUCCCUGAUGCUUCUCAAUCCCAUCGGCUUCGCUCUUUGUGAGGUGCAGAGGUGGAGGCAGGCCAGCCAUCCACAGCACAGCACUCUUGGCAUCCUGGCAGUUGUAGUCUUACAGGUGAUGAAGAACCCAAUAGUGUUCAUGGUGAUAGUGGGAAUUAUCUCCCAUUUUGCCCUGGGCCAGCGCAUCCCUGCUGUGUUGUCAGAGUUCAUAGACGGCUUGGCCAAUUCUUUUGGAGGGGCAGCUUUGUUUUACCUCGGCCUCACUAUGGUUGGCCAGCUUAGAAAACUAACCAGAGACACUGGAGUUGCCUUGAUACUCCUCAUCACAGCCAAGCUUCUGGUGAUGCCACUAGUCUGCAAAGACAUGGUCGAUAUUCUGGACAUAGGAGUGAACAGCACGAGUGCCAACCACACCAGUUUGUCCAACUUUGCUUUCUUAUAUGGAGUUUUUCCCACCGCACCUAGUGUGGCCAUCUAUGCUGGACACUACAACAUGGAAUUAGAGGUGGUAACAUCAGGGAUGGUAAUCAGUACAUUUCUGUCUGCGCCAAUCAUGUAUGUGUCUGCCUGGUUGUUAACAAUCCCGCUAAUGGACCCCACCCCCCUGGUGACAGAGCUUGAAAACGUUAGCUUCAACAUCAGCAUCGUCAGUCUUGUAGCACUGGUGUGGACCAUAGCGGUGAUGUUGCUCAGCAGGAAAUUUAACAGACUUCCUCACCUCUUUGCCUUAAAUCUUUUCCUGGCUCAGUUUCUGGUGUGUGUUAGUAUGAUCCUGUGGAACUUCUUGGUGAAACAAGAGGAUAACCUGGUUGGCAAAAUUCUCACCUUUGCCUUGCUUUACGGGUCUCUGUACAGCACCUACAUUUGGACAGGCUUAAUCCCUCUCUGUCUGGCUCUGACUAACAGAGAUGAUCUGCUGAGACUCCGACCAGGACUGUUCAUGAUUUUGGGUUGGGGAAUCCCCUUCCUCAUGGUCGGAGGUCUUCUGAUAACAGGAGAGAGGACUGACACCAUAGACUCUGCCUUCUUCUAUGGUAGAGCUCAGAUAAUCAGCACAGCAGUGGUGCUUGCAGUCAGCCUGGUGCUCGGUGCAAUAUCUCUGAUGGGUCUCAGUCAGGGAGACAGGGAGCAGAGAGGCUACCAGGCCCUGAGCAGAGCUGCUGUAACAGGCAUCAACGAUGAGCUGAGGACCCCUGGUGGCUUGGAGGAUCCACAACAACCACAACAGCAGACACAGAUGGCAAAUUCACCUGCCCGUAGCAUCAGCUCAGACCUCCACAGUUUCUCUCCCGUCCAGACCAUACCUGAUAUGAUAGCCAGCACACAAAGGGAGCACACAAACAAUGCAGGCCAAAGUGGGAUGCUGUGUGAUGGGCAGCAGCAGAGUUCUUCCUCCUCAGAGCAACCGCUAAACCUGCCGCCACCCGGGCUUCAGCCCACCGAUGAUAAACAGACAGUCAGACAUGUUCUGCUGUGUCUGUUGCUCAUUGUCAGCCUGCUUGCGAACCUGUCCAGCUGUUUGUGGUGGUUGUUUAACAAAGAUCCAGGAAGACUUUACCUCGAACUUCAGUUCUUCUGUGCCGUGGCAAACUAUGGACAGGGUUUCCUGUCCUUUGGGAUCUUUGGUCUGGACAGACACCUCAUCAUUUUGCCUUUCAAGAAGAGGUUGCUCAGCCUGUGGCAGGGUAGGGAGAGUGACGAUCUGAGUCCCUCAGGUGUACCAGAGGAGGUCAGGCUCACCUGUACCCAGUUUGUCCGCUACCACAAAGACCAGUGUGUACAAGACAUAGUACACACACGCAGGUUUGGUGGAGGAGGAGGAGGACUGGAGGAGGAGAGUGAGGUUUUGAGAUACAUCCCCUCCCAUCAGCCCCAGUACCAACACACGCAUCAGGCUCUUCGGGAACAACCAAACCAGGAGGCACAGAAUCUGCAGCAGAUUCACCAAACUCACAAUCUACCUGAAUCUCGCAGCCAGUGUUCACUUCCAGUGGAGCCUGAGACUGAACACCAUGCUCGCAUUUCCAGCUCUGGUACCCCAGAGGAGCAGAUUUCCCAGCUCCAGUCUAACCAAGCUCAUGACCCCACUAAUCCUCAACACCUACACCAGCAUGGUCUUGCUUCCAGCCCAUCCUACCUCCAUCAGCAUCCUCAGUCCCAUCUUCAAAGUGUGUUUCGGGGCAGUGACUUGGUGGCCUGGCUGGUUGAACGGGGCCUGUGUGUUGGGCGAGCCGAGGCCCAACUGUAUGGCAUUCGACUUCAGCAGGGAAGAGUGUUAGAUCACUUGACAGGUCAGCACAGCUUCAGGGAUGACGUUACGCUGCUGUACCACUUCGCACAGGGGAGACGAGAGAGAUGGUCCCAGGGUAUGUGAGAGGAAGUGAGUGGAAAGGAGGUGGAGAGAGCAAGACGGGGGGGGAGAAAAAAAGGCAAUGGGAAAAACAUGCUUGGACGUACCAAGCAGCAACCAACAUGAGUGCCAAAGAGGAAGUCCCUUACCGUGCAGUCUUUCCUACAAACACUAAAUACUGACUCUGGAGAUGCAAAUGGACUUUUCUGUAGAAAUGUCCUUUCCCACCACAACAGUCGAGCUAAUGUCUGUGAUUGUGGCAAUUCUGAUACAUUUACUCCACAAAGAUGAUAUAGCAUGUUUUCCUUGAUUGACAGUUGUCUUAGACUAUUCAUGGUGGUUGCUGCUUGCCUGUCCCCUCAGGCUUCACCCUGUGGCUCAAAUAUGAAAAUUUCUAGCUCCAACUACUGAGAAACUUUGUUUGACAUCCCUUCAUAAAUUUACAGAUGUUGUGAGACAUAGCACACAUAAAAAAGCAAGAACGUGAGACAAGUAAAUUGAUAGCAUUCUGAAUUCCUUUUUUUUUCUUUUUUGUUUCAGUUUUUCACUGCUCUAAACUGAGCUGGUUUUGAUUAUUUCAUUUUGAUUUUAAUUGCCCUGAGAUGUGAACAGGAUCAAAUCACUGUCCAAGAGGUGACAGAAAAGUGAUUUUUCAUCUUUUUUUGUCUGGAUUUCUAUGAGGCAAUCAAUAUUUUCAAUGUGUGAAGGACAAAUAAGCUUUUUUUUUUUUAAAGGACAAGUUGCCAUUCAUCAGCCUGUUGUCUCAAAAAUCAUAUUAUUUAUGUGAGUGUCAGUGGUAAGAAGAGGAUGAGAGUACGACCAGUAAACUGAUCGUACUAUAUGUUUGCUCUUAGCCAGUGAGAGACUGAGCUGCUCACUGAAAGCCAGUGGUCUUCUUACCUGCUCGUUCUGUUUUAUAUAGUUAUGUUUUCUUUUAGAUUACAUGAAAUCAUCCUGAAUCUGCCUGUUAUUUCAGUAUUUGAUAUUUUGCACGCUGUGUCUCUUAACCACUCUGGUCUAUGUUGACUACUUGCAUGACUGAGAGCAGUACAAGACUUCUGCUGAGCACUGAAACUUUUGCACUGACUGAAUUAUAACAUUCUUCAUGUUUUUAAAUUAUGCAACUCACUGGAUAUUUGUCUUGUGAUGAUGCUGCAGAAGAUGAUUUUUAUCUUUGCAUUAUGUAAUUGUGUUACCACUCUCAAUGUAAAACAUUUGUUUGGGACCGAUUGCAGUUGUGUUGCUAAAUAGAUUCAUUCAGCCAGGGAUGGAAGAUUAGCACAGAUGCCUUUCCAGCCAAAUCUGGCACUAGCUUGACCAGAGAGUUCAGCCAAGGCCAAACCUGAACUCAAGUUAUUUCUUUUUCCACUAAAUUGAACCCACAAGAUGUGAGAUUACAUUUCUUAAACCUCAAACGAAGACAAGCCGUUUAUCUAUGAUGCCUCAAUGAAUCUUUUUUGUCAUGAUGCCCUUUUAGAGAUCGAUUCAGUCAAAAAACAGACAUAGCCUCAAUUACAGUCCUCAUUUUCUGGCAUAACAUUCUAUCCUGUAUAUUGUACACUAAAUCACUACUGAACUGUUUACAAAUGAUAUAGCUCCCACUGAGCGACUGGCAGCACUGACUACACUACAGCUACUAUUUGCCUGUUAAGUUGCUGUUGAUUUGUGAUAUUAUCACUAUGAAAUUUACAGUGUUUUGGUAGGGCUGCAGAAGAUGGAAGAUGGUGAUAUAUGUACAUAUGAGCAGAAACAAAGACCAUAUUAAUGUCAAUCAGAUGCUUUAAUUAUGAUAUUUUUGUCAUGUUUUUUGUAGCGAGACCAGAGGAUGGCGAGUAUGAUAUCUACUGGCCAGAUUUCCAUGGCUGAAUGAAACUUAGAAUAUUCAUUUUUCUGUGAGCAAAAUUUUGAAUCAUGUGGUGACCCCUGACUUUUCACCUGCAGCAUAGUGUCUAAGAGAUGAUAUUCUUCAUCACAAAUUAGCCAAAAACUUGUGCGUGUGCAUAUAUUUCCAUCUUAGUGUCUUCUGCCAGUUGAUACCACAUUUAAGUUCAUACAAUUCACAUCAGGUCCUUGUGUUUACUGAGUUGUUACAAAUGAGAUUUUUGCGUUAAGAGUGCCUGCCUCAGCCAGCGUGAAGGUAUGUGUGUUUGUGUGCAUGAACAAAAAUGUCUGAGUUUCUGUGUGAUGUAUGUGGAAGACAGCACUGAGAGAGAACAAGAGAGAUUUUAAAGUGAAAUGUGAUGGUGUGUUCUGUCUGUGUAACUGUGGAUGUUUUGUUUUAAGUGUGUUGCUGUCAGUCAGUGACUGUGUGACCAUAUGAAAGGCACAAAUAAACUACUGUUUGCAUCCAAAA